GUGUUGUGAAGACGUGUGUUAGCUUUGUAUAUAUAGAAUAUCGCAAAAUAGUGUAUCGUUAGUGUUAAGCACACAGUUUGUUUGUGAUUAUGUGACAAUAAACGAAAGUUCGGCUAUUCAUCAUGUUGUGAAGUCACUCACUGUGUACGUCUGAACAUCGUAGUAAUUCGUGGUAUUUACGAAUGUAUUUUAAUUAGUGUAUCGUCAGUGAGCGCUUCAGUGUUCUUUUAUUUAUUUGUCGAGAGUGUAGAGCGAACUGACACUCGUCGAAAUAUGCCAUGUACGCUCCGGAUCAUCUCCGACGGAAGGAAGCCAGAGAUGUUAUGUAUCGCAGUAACUCGAGUCUCGACUUGAUAUACGGCGAACAUCCGUCCGGAAACGGGUUGCGGCGCGAGUAUGGGAGUCACGGUUCGAUCGACGUGAUCGGGGGCGCGAGCGACAGGCUUCCCGCGAUGGUGCACAACUACAACGUGACAGAGAAGGCUCAGGGCUUGAGCGGUGACACCUCCGACGGCCCCACGCCCCGGGCCAGCGCCAGCCCGAAGCCUCGCCUCAAAUUCAACAAGCUUUGGGGUGGCGCGGCUCCCACACACCGACAACCCAUGGACGAUGGGUCACUUGACAGGCCUGAAGGAAUCAAAAAACAGCAGUUUGCUCACUAUGAUUGUCAAUCCUUGAUGGCUAACUUGAGUUAUGCAGCUGAGAUUAGAGGAGCACUGCUGAGCCGCAGGCGGAACACAACAACAGGCGCCUCGGCUGCUUCUCUUGCAACCCGGGGCCCUCCGCUGGGAGAGGACACAGUACCUGACAUGGGGGAUGGAAGAUCAAAUGAGUUGCUGGAAGCCUGUCCCUUCUUUAGAAAUGAAUUGGGAGGCGAAGAAGAGCGCUGCGUAUCCCUAUGCCGGCGGACAUCACGCGGCGCGAUCCCAGGACAAGCUGGCAGCUGGCACCGGCCUCGAGCGGCCUACGGCCUCUCCGUCCUCGAGUUUCCGCCGGGCCACACUCACUGGCGGCAUGGGUGCCCGUUUGCGAACACACUGACGCCCCUGCCCGUCGAGAGCCAGGAUUUAGGAGCGCUGUACUAUAGGAACUACUUCUAUGGGCAGUCACACCAAAACUGGUUCGGCAUGGACGAAACCCUGGGCCCCGUCGCGAUUUCCAUCAAGAAAGAGCGAGUGGAAUUAAGAAGGGGAGGGUCUGACGCGUCCGCACCAGCGUCCCAACUAGCGUGGCAGUAUCGGCUGGUCGUCCGCACUUCGGAACUGUUGACGCUACGUGGAUCCGUGUUAGAAGACGCGCUACCUAUCAAACCCAGCAACAAUACAGCUACUUACAACACUAAGGAGGUGCUGGAAUAUGUCGCUCCGGAGUUGCAACUGAAUUGCCUCAGGCUGGGCACCAACGGCAGCGGCGCCGAAGAACAACUCCUAAGACUCGACGAACAAUGCGUCACGCGCCACUACAAAGUAGGAGUUAUGUACUGCAAGAGCGGCCAGUCCACCGAAGAAGAAAUGUACAACAACCAAGAAGCUGGCCCGGCCUUCGUAGAGUUCCUCCAGACGCUCGGGCACACGGUCCGACUAAAAGACUUCGACAAAUACAAAGCGGGUCUCGACAAUCGCACAGACUCGACCGGCCUUUACUCCGUCUACACAACCUAUCAGAACUGCGAGAUAAUGUUCCACGUGUCAACUAUGCUACCCUACACGCCCAACAACAGGCAGCAGUUACUCAGAAAGCGGCAUAUAGGCAACGAUAUAGUCACUAUAGUGUUCCAAGAGCCGGGAGCGGCGCCGUUCACGCCGAGGAACAUUCGUUCGCAGUUCCAGCACGUGUUCGUGGUUGUGCGAGCGAUAGACCCGUGUACGGAGAACACGCAUUAUAGCAUAGCUGUGAGUCGGGCGAAGGAAGUGCCUUUAUUUGGACCACCGAUCAAGGAUGGCGCUGUAUAUCCGAAGGGGGAGGCGUUCACCGAUCUUCUUUUGAGUAAGGUGAUUAAUGGCGAAAACGCAGCGAUACAAUCACCAAAGUUCAGCACGAUGGCCACACGCACGCGGCAGGAGUACCUCAAGGAUCUGGCCAAGAACCACGUCUCCGCCACCACGCUCGAGACCGGACAGAAGUUCUCAAUCUUCUCGUCGCUGCUAAUGAAAAGUGGCAGCAACAAUAACACAGCGGUGCUGCCGCGCCUCUACAGUUGUCCCAACGACGUGCUCGUCGGCGGCGCCAUGUGCUUCCACGUUCAAGUUCAAGAUGAAGGCGCGGGUGGGGCGGUGUUGGACUGCAUGCUCGGCGUCUCACCCGACACCAUAGUGUUGGUGGAGGACAGCACGAGGCAGGUCAUACUCGUCAUACCGACGAACACUCUAUUAGGUUGGGUGGUGAGCGGCGGUUGGACACGCAUAUUCUACCACCGCGGCGAGUCGGUACGUGUACGCGACUGUCCCGCUCUACUGCGGCGGCUGGCCGGCGUGGCGCCGCCGCACGCCGAGCUGCUGCCCGAGCGGACGCUCGCGAGGGGAGCCGCCGCGCAGCUGGGGUUCCACGUGCAGCCGGACGGGCUGAUAAUAGCGGUGGAGAGCGGCAGCACGGCGGACAAGGCGGGCGUGAAGCGCGGCGCGCGGCUGCUGGAGGUGUGCCGCGCCGCCGUCGUCGCGCUGCACCACGACCAGCUCGUCGACCUGCUCAAGACCUCCGACCCCGUCACGGUGACAACAACGAACGCGUCCAGCUACAAGUGCCUCUGCGAGACGGGCGGCGAGGAGCCGAGCGCGCCGGCGCGCGGCGACGCGCAGCGCCCGGGCCGCGGCCGCCGCGCCUACGAGCGCGGACACUCGCCGCCGCGCUCCGACAGCUCCGGAUACGGCACCGGUGGGUCGGGCCGCAGCGCGCGGCGCUCGCCGCAAGCGUCGCCGCCGGCGGACGGCGCGCGGCGGCGCUCGCACGACGCCUCGCCGCGCCACGCCCGCCACAAGCACGGCAGCCUCCAGGUCAGUUCACCAACCAGAGAAUUAAUGCGGCUAAUGGACGCGGAGUUGGGCGGCGACGGCGACAGCGCGCCGACAGCGCCCUUGCCCGCCGCCACGCCGCCCGCGCCGCCCACGCCGGGCCCGCUGCCGCUGCCCGACGCGGCCGCGCUGGACUGGGCCACGCUGGUGCACACCGCCACGCGCGCCAUGCUGCAGGUACACCACACCGCAACACUGGGCCACGCUGGUGCACACCGCCACGCGCGCCAUGCUGCAGGUACACCACACCGCAACCUCUAGCCCGCCCCGCCCACCCCGGGCCCGCUGCCGCUGCCCGACGCGGCCGCGCUGGACUGGGCCACGCUGGUGCACACCGCCACGCGCGCCAUGCUGCAGGUACACCACACCGCAACACUGGGCCACGCUGGUGCACACCGCCACGCGCGCCAUGCUGCAGGUACACCACACCGCAACCUCUAGCCCGCCCCGCCCACCCCGGGCCCGCUGCCGCUGCCCGACGCGGCCGCGCUGGACUGGGCCACGCUGGUGCACACCGCCACGCGCGCCAUGCUGCAGGUACACCACACCGCAACACUGGGCCACGCUGGUGCACACCGCCACGCGCGCCAUGCUGCAGGUACACCACACCGCAACCUCUAGCCCGCCCCGCCCACGCCGGGCCCGCUGCCGCUGCCCGACGCGGCCGCGCUGGACUGGGCCACGCUGGUGCACACCGCCACGCGCGCCAUGCUGCAGGUACACCACACCGCAACACUGGGCCACGCUGGUGCACACCGCCACGCGCGCCAUGCUGCAGGUACACCACACCGCAACCUCUAGCCCGCCCCGCCCACGCCGGGCCCGCUGCCGCUGCCCGACGCGGCCGCGCUGGACUGGGCCACGCUGGUGCACACCGCCACGCGCGCCAUGCUGCAGGUACACCACACCGCAACACUGGGCCACGCUGGUGCACACCGCCACGCGCGCCAUGCUGCAGGUACACCACACCGCAACCUCUAGCCCGCCCCGCCCACCCCGGGCCCGCUGCCGCUGCCCGACGCGGCCGCGCUGGACUGGGCCACGCUGGUGCACACCGCCACGCGCGCCAUGCUGCAGGUACACCACACCGCAACACUGGGCCACGCUGGUGCACACCGCCACGCGCGCCAUGCUGCAGGUACACCACACCGCAACCUCUAGCCCGCCCCGCCCACCCCGGGCCCGCUGCCGCUGCCCGACGCGGCCGCGCUGGACUGGGCCACGCUGGUGCACACCGCCACGCGCGCCAUGCUGCAGGUACACCACACCGCAACACUGGGCCACGCUGGUGCACACCGCCACGCGCGCCAUGCUGCAGGUACACCACACCGCAACCUCUAGCCCGCCCCGCCCACCCCGGGCCCGCUGCCGCUGCCCGACGCGGCCGCGCUGGACUGGGCCACGCUGGUGCACACCGCCACGCGCGCCAUGCUGCAGGUACACCACACCGCAACACUGGGCCACGCUGGUGCACACCGCCACGCGCGCCAUGCUGCAGGUACACCACACCGCAACCUCUAGCCCGCCCCGCCCACGCCGGGCCCGCUGCCGCUGCCCGACGCGGCCGCGCUGGACUGGGCCACGCUGGUGCACACCGCCACGCGCGCCAUGCUGCAGCCCGCCCCGCCCACCCCGGGCCCGCUGCCGCUGCCCGACGCGGCCGCGCUGGACUGGGCCACGCUGGUGCACACCGCCACGCGCGCCAUGCUGCAGGUACACCACACCGCAACACUGGGCCACGCUGGUGCACACCGCCACGCGCGCCAUGCUGCAGGUACACCACACCGCAACCUCUAGCCCGCCCCGCCCACGCCGGGCCCGCUGCCGCUGCCCGACGCGGCCGCGCUGGACUGGGCCACGCUGGUGCACACCGCCACGCGCGCCAUGCUGCAGCCCGCCCCGCCCACCCCGGGCCCGCUGCCGCUGCCCGACGCGGCCGCGCUGGACUGGGCCACGCUGGUGCACACCGCCACGCGCGCCAUGCUGCAGAUUUGCGAAGAACAUCAAUAUCCGUCCAUAGACAACCCUGACCCUACGCUAGAACCUCUUCCAAGUGAACCGACCCAUGACUCCUGGUCUGAACUACCCACACCGGACGCGGCGCCGGUCGCGUCGGCGUCGCCGCUGGCGCCGUGCGCGUGCGGGCUGGCGGCGCGCGUGGCCGCGCUGGAGGCCGAGCACGCCGCCGCCGCGCGCCACCACCACCAGCUCGAGGAGGAGGUCCGUCGCUUACGUCGUCACAACGCGCGUCUCCGAGAAGAGAGCGCCCGCGCCGUUUGGCAGCUGCGGCACUUCACGCAGUGGCUCAAACGGACCGUCGACCGGCAGUGAUCCGGCCUCUUGCUCGCUCCCACACCGGUCAUCUGCUGUCCCGCUCCAAUUCAACAAGAGUGUACAAGUAACAUGACUCGAGGCUUAGGCAGCUGUGACGCUUCAUGCAGUGGCUCAAACGGACCGUCGACCGGCAGUGAUCCGGCCUCUCGC